CCGCGCGGUCAUAUCGCUCUCCCCCCACUCCCCACCCCACCCCCACCCCACAGGCCCCACCAAGAUGGAGAAGUCGAAAAACUUCCGCAUCGACGCGCUGCUGGCGGCGGACGGACCCAAAGCGCAGACGUCCCCCCUGGCCCUCGUCACCACCGCCGCAUCGGAGCUCGCCAAACCCGGGGAGCCUCUCCGCGAGGAGACGCCGUCCCCUCCGCGGAUAUCGGCCCACGGCCUCAUCCCCAAGCCGGGCUUCCUGAGCGGCCCCCACGGCUUGGUGGGACUGCACCCCCAGAACGGCGGAGGAGGGAUCCCCGCGCAGGCGCUCUACGGCCACCCCGUGUACGCCUACUCUGCGGCGGCCGCGCUCACCGCCCAGCACCCGGCCUUGUCCUACGCGUCGCCGUACCCCCACGGUUCGCAUCACGGCCACCAGCAGCACCAGCACCACCAGGGCGGGGGGGACCCCAUCAAGCUGACCGCCAGCACCUUCCAGCUGGACCAUUGGCUGCGGGUGUCCACGGCCGGCAUGAUGCUGCCCAAAAUGGCAGACUUCAGCUCCCAGGCGCAGUCCAACCUGCUGGGCAAGUGCAGGAGGCCGAGGACGGCGUUCACCAGCCAGCAGCUGCUGGAGCUGGAGCACCAGUUCAAGCUCAACAAGUACCUGUCUCGACCCAAACGCUUCGAGGUGGCCACCUCCCUCAUGCUCACCGAAACGCAGGUGAAAAUCUGGUUCCAGAAUCGGCGCAUGAAGUGGAAGCGCAGCAAGAAGGCCAAGGAACAGGCGGCGCAGGAGGCCGAGAAGCAGAAGGGCGGCAAGGGCGGGCACGCCGGCGACAAGGCCGAGCAAGACGGCGAGCAGUCGGACUACGACGGCGGGAAGACGACGACAACGACGGGCAAGAACGGCAGGAUACGAGACUUGAAGGACAGCGACGACGAGGGCGACCGCUUCCUCUACAACUCCUCGGACUGUUCCUCGGACGACGAGCGCGAUCGAACGUGCGACCUCAGCCCGCAGCCCUGAAGUGGGGAGGAGAACUUUGCAUGGAAAGCCUUUUUAUCGUUAACAUUUUUAUUUAAAAUAAAAUCUAUCUAUAUAUAUGAUGACAGAAAGAGGCCGGACGUUAAGCAGUCUAUCAAUAGACUUUUCCAACACGUCAGCCGUAACCGACACAAAGAAACUCAACUGCGAAGAGAAUAUAAGAAUACUUUUUUUUUUUUGAUAAUUUCAAUGGAAAUCAGAAAUCAACAUGAACAAGUCAAAGUGACCUGCAAUACAAUAUCGCGAUAGUCUGCCAACAUAACGGAAAUACAAAAAAUAUGCAAUAUUGGCUGAAUACGAUCAUGAUACCUAUGUAAUUAAAGGGAAAGAAAAUUAAGCGUAGGUAUUUAUUUACAUUAAUAAACUAAUAUCGCAAGCAACUAUUUGAAAUGAUAUUAGACAAUGGUGUAUCUUUUUUUGUUUUCUUUCUAUAUAAAACUGAACUUUUUUUCCUCACUUUAUUCCAUCUGCUUUGACAGCAAUAAUCUUGUUUUAUGUUAGCCUUAUUAUAAUGGGAAGAAAAAAAGUUCUGUUUAUUUUUCUAUACUGCAUUUAUAAAAGGAAAAAUGCAUGCUGAAUCUGUCAGUGUAGAUAGUGUCAAAUAAAUAAUUCUUUUCUUUUUUUUUUUUUGAUUUAUGGCGCAGGACACAUGCAGCCUUGUGCGUUGACAGUCCGGGGUCAUGGGAAUGACUGUUAAUGGCGCUGUCGGAUGUGUGCAAACGUGCAGUGUGAGCAAACAGCAAGAAGAAGAAACAUUUCGCGCCACACCGCCAAUGGACUCGCAUUGAAACACCCUGCGUUUAAACAAAAACAAAACGAAAAAAAAAAAUUGAUACUACAAAUCAAUUAUAG